UUUACAGCAACCAAAGUGGAGGGCGAGUACUUGAAUAUAAGUCAAGUGACAAGAGAGGAUAUGGGGGCCUAUCUGUGCAUAGCAUCCAAUUCAGUGCAACCAAGUGUUAGCAAACGUAUGAUUGUUGCCGUCAAUUUUCGUCCAAAAAUAAAAGUUUCGCAUCAAUUGGUUGGCUCGUCGUUAGGCACUGAUGUGGAGCUGGAGUGUCGGUGCGAGGCUUCACCACAACCACACACCUCAUGGAUCAGGAGUGACGGCACAGUCCUGUCGGCCACUAAUAAAUAUCAGACUCGAGAAGAACACGACUCUUAUCGCACGAAAAUGCGGCUAAAGAUCACUAAUUUGGAGGAAAAGGAUUUCGGAAGCUAUAAAUGUGUCGCCAAAAACAGUUUGGGAGAAAAGGAGGGUUUGGUUCGCUUGUAUGAAGUGGCAAUUGCUGUGAAUCAGGAGCUGUCGCCGAGUGUAUGGCCGCCGGGUUUCCUGAGUCCUUCCCAUCGGAACAAUUCGUUGAUGCGCUCAAACAUGGGGUCAUCGAUGAUGGGCGACAACACUAAACAACACGACACCCAAUCCGUGUCCUCGAGUGCCGCCAAAAGCGAUUCGUCGAAAUCGUCGGCAAAUCAUAAUCUACUCAAUCGAUUGAUACCUUAUAUGACCACUACUUUCGUAAUACUAGUCAUGGAAAGCAAUUUAAACUCUCUGUUAAUGAAAUCGUAAAUUAAUUUUUGUGUGCAAACAAACAAACACCAAAUGAUGGAUUGAUUUUCACACAUUUAUAUAUAUCUAUUAUGGACUUAAUUAUAGAUCAAACAAACACAAGAUUAUACACAACAACUUUUGAAUGUUUUACAUUUAUUUGAAAUAAGAAUUUGGUAUAAAUUAAUAUACUAUACACUACUGUAUACUCACUUACACCUAAAAGCAUAUUAUAAGUGCCAAUCAAUUGGUAAAAAGUUAUACUACUGUUGAGUUAAAUGUGACCAAGAUCAUUAUAUUGAUAAAAUAUGGUAUAAAGUUUGACAACAAUAAC